AAUCAAUCCACUGUAACUUGGAACUCUCUCGACUUCACUUAACAAAUUAACUACAACACAACCCUUCCAGUGAAAACUCUUUUACCCGCACUGAUCAAACCAUGGAUAUUGAUGACGAAGACGAUUUCUACGCCCCAGAGGAACCCCAACCUCCCUCACAACCAGCGCCAGCAGAAGCUGCCCCGGUAUCAAAGAAGGAUGCAAACGAAGAACUAGAGUCGGGCGAGGAGGAGGACGAAGGGGGGGCGAUGGACGAGGAUGAGGAUUCUGAUAUCGACAUCAUCACAGAACGAAAGGACGGGUCAAACCCGGCCCCUCCACCUCAAUCCCGCUACAGCGAGAUAAAGAACAUACCUCAACGUACGGCAACCUCCGAUGGAGCGACAACCACCACCAGUCGGAAACCCGCAUCGGCGCAGCAGACCUCGGCUCCAUCAACAGAAACCACCGCCCCCGUGUCCACCUCCAAGCUCGACAUCAACGCGAUCCCAAUCCACCAGCCCUCCGGCAAGCCGCUCACGCAGGUCAACAUCGACACGGACCUACCCGAGGACCACGAGAGACCGUGGCGCAAGCCGGGCACGGACCUGUCGGACUACUUCAACUACGGCUUCGACGAGUUCACGUGGGCGCUGUACGCGCAGAAGCAGGAGACCCUGCGGAGCGAGUACAACCCCGAGGCGAUCGCGGCCAGCAACAAGAAGAUGAUCGAGGACAUGACCAACAUGAUGAUGAUGGGCGGCCUGGGGCUGCCGCCGCCGCCGGUGCCGGGCGGGCCCGUGGGACCGGGCGGCGCCGGGGCGGGGCAACCCGGGGGCGGGGUCGGGCCGGGCGUCGGUGGGGUCGGCCAGAUGCCCGGCAUGGAGGGCAUGCCGCCCGAGAUGCAGGCCAUGAUGCAGCAGAUGAUGGCCGGCGGGAUGGACCCGAGCCAGAUGGAUAUGGGGGCCAUGGCGGGCAUGUUUGGCGGGGGCGGUGGAGGUGCCGGCGGGCCGGGACAAGGCGGUCAGGGACAGGGCUUUGGCGGAGGGUUCGGCGACGGGCAGGGCCAAGGAUACGGCGGCUAUGGGCAACAGAUGGGAGGUGGUGGAGGUGGUGGCGGGAGAGGGGGCAGGGGAAGAGGCAGGAGGUGGUAGGCCAGCUUGGGCUAAUCGAUACCCAAAAGGAGAACAAAAAAAAAGAGGAGAUUUUUGUUUUGCGCACUCAUAUGUGGCAAUCCGUGUCUAUCAUUUUCCAACAUUUUUUUUUAUCAAGUGGUGUUUUACUACAGAAGAACUGACUAUACAUUGGAACCGACCGGCUAGCGCAGGAACCGGUUUCGAGCGUAUGCAGCAGGCCGAUGCUGUACUAUUCACAGCUUUCCUCGUACCGAACAACCUUGCG